AUGGAGUCUCCCGCUCCCGCGCGCUCCUCCCGGCUCCUGCUCGCCUACAAGAGCGCGGCGCAGCACCUGCUCUCCAAAGCGGGCAUGCGCGCGCUCCAGCUACAACGCAGCGCGAGCGUCGCAGCGGCCGCCAAGGACAAGCAGCGCUCGUCCCCGCUCGCGCAGCUCGCCGCGCUUGUGCUGCAGCGGCGACGGCGGCGGCUCGCUCUCGAGUCUUCCGCGCUGACGCUCGCGCCCGCGCCCAAGCCGCGGAACUGCCGGCGCGUGGUGGUGCUCGGCGCACCGCGCGUGGGGAAGACGAGCAUCCUGCGGCGCUUCCUGCGCGAGGACUUCGAGGAGCGCUACGAGCCCACGCGCGAGGACUUCCACAGGAAACUCUACCACAUCCGCGGGGAAGCCUAUCAGAUAGACAUCCUGGAUCCGGCCGGGGAGAGAGAGUUUCCGGCCAAGCGCAGGCUGACCAUCCUCACAGGUGAUAUCUUCCUGCUGGUCCUCAGUCUGGAUGACCGCGGCUCCUUUGAUGAAGCGCGCUCCCUGCGCUCUGAGAUCUCUCAGGCUAAAAGCGCGCUCCUGCGCUGCCCCGCUGAGGGCGCGCGCGUGCCCGUGGUCGUGUGCGCGAACAAAGCGGAUCUGCCGGCGGAGGAGCGCGCGGUGUCGCGCGCCGAGCUGCUGCGCGCCUUCGGCGGCAAGGACGCUGCGUGCACGCUCUUCGAGACGUCGGCCAAGGAGGGCGGCGAGAGCCUGGAGCGCGCGUUCGAGGCCUUGGCGGCGCGCGCGGGGCUGCCCGUGGAGACCGGACCCUCGCACCACCGCAGAGUGUCCCUGCGCUCCUACCGCAGACUGGGAGGCGGAGGGAGGAAGGCCGAGGCGCACGCGAGCCCCUGCGGCGCGCUCCAUCCGCUCGCGCGCAGACCCAGCGUGAACGCGGACCUCAGGCUCGUGCUCGCGACCCACGGGAAAAAAAGGACGAGCAAAACAGCCAAGAAGUGACUGUGAGAGAGAGAGAGAG